AUGUCCGACUACUACGACCUCGGAGACUACCGUCGUGAAGUAACAACCGACAACGAAGAUGCCCAAACCUGGUUCAGCCGCGGCCUAAUCUGGGCCUACGCCUUCAACCAUGAAGAGUCAAUCCGCUGCUUCGAGGAAGUCGUCUCCCUUGACCCAACAUGCGCAAUGGGAUACUGGGGCCUGGCCUUCGCCCUAGGUCCGAAUUAUAACAAGCCCUGGCAACUCUUCGAUGGCGAAGAUCUGGCCUCUACAACGACACGUGCACAUCGCGCCGUGCUAGACGCGAAGAAACAUGCACCCGCUACGUCGCCGUUGGAAGUUGCACUUAUCGACGCGCUGCAGUUUCGCUAUCCGCAGGAACUGCCGGUGGAGGAUUGCACGGUGUGGAAUCAAGCGUAUGCGGAUGCGAUUACCAUCGUGUAUAAUGACUAUCCGGAUGACUAUGACGUUACGGCGCUGUACUGCGACGCGCUGAUGAAUCUGACGCCGUGGAGCUUGUGGGAUUUGAAAACGGGCCAGCCGUCCCCCGACGCAAAGACGAUGCAGGUGAAGAGAGCGCUGGAUCGGGUUCUUGCCCAAGAUGAAGCGCUCAAUCAUCCUGGUUUGUUGCAUUUAUAUAUUCAUCUCAUGGAGAUGUCUGGGACGCCGGAAAUUGCGCUGCCGAUCGCGGAUUGUUUGCGUGGGCUUGUUCCUGAUGCUGGGCAUUUGGAACAUAUGCCAACGCAUAUUGAUAUUUUGUGUGGCGAUUAUCGUCGUGCGGUUGUGUCCAAUACUUCGGCUAUUCGCGCUGAUGAGAAGUUCCUCGCGAGGCAGCCUACGAGUCAUUUCUAUAAUCUGUAUCGCGCACAUGAUUACCAUUUCAGGAUGUAUGCUGCUAUGUUAGGUGGACAGUCGAAGAUUGCUCUCGAGACGGGUGCUGAGCUGGCACGGGUCUUGACUGAGCCGCUUCUGCGCACUGAGUCGCCUCCAAUGGCUGACUGGUUGGAAGGAUUCGUGGCGAUGCAGAUGCAUGGGUUGAUUCGUUUCGGUCGCUGGGAUGAUAUCAUUGCUCUGGAGCUACCGGCUGAUGCAAGUCUCUACUGCGUCACCACUGCCAUGAUGCACUACGCCAAGGGUGUCGCAUUCGCAGCUACGGGUCAAGUCCCGGAAGCAGAAGAAGAGCGCACGCUAUUUCAGCAAUCAACGAAACAGGUGCCUGACUCGCGCACGCUUUUUAACAACCGCUGCAUAGAUAUCCUAGGCGUCGGAGAAGCUAUGCUGGAUGGCGAGAUAGCGUACCGGCGCGGUGAACAUGAGACAGCAUUCGAGUACCUGCGCACAGCGGUUGAACGAGAUGAUUCGCUGCCAUAUGAUGAGCCUUGGGGCUGGAUGCAGCCGACCAGACAUGCGCUUGGUGCGUUGUUACUUGAACAGGGAAGAGUGGACGAGGCAGUGGUGGUCUAUGCCGCGGAUUUGGGCAUUGAACCGACGCUGGCACGGGCUCUGCGUCAUCCCAAUAAUGUUUGGGCUUCACAUGGGUAUCAUGAGUGUUUGGUCAAGCUGGGUCGGAAGACUGAGGCGAGGGUUUUCGCGUCUCAGUUGAAGAUUCGGUUGGCCAGGUCGGAUGUGCCAAUCAAGUCUUCUUGCUUUUGUCGGCUUAAGACUGUCUGA